AUGGUAGACUUUUCAUUAAAAAAGGCCAAGCCAACGUCUUGGAAACAUUCUCCAAAGAAGAAAAAAAGAGGGUCUGAAACAAAAUUAUCUUCAGUGUCACCUACAGCCCAGUCACUGAACACUACACCUUCUGGUAGCAACUCAUCUCUUUCAUUACCAAAAAAGAAUCCACGAAGAACUUCUCCAAAUCCUUAUAACACUGCUAAUGCUCAAUUACCAACUAUUGAUCCCAAACAAAGAAAUAGGGUUGCUUCGCAAAUGCAGAGAAGAAUGUCUAUUCACACUUCAAAUUUUCAACCACCUAUUUUAGAUUAUUCAAUGCCUUUACCUUCAAACAAUAUAUCUUCUUCUAGAAUACCAGAGGGAUCAUCUCUGGGCCCUGAUAUGGGCAACAAUAAUAAUCUAAAUAUACCUACCCGUAAUAGAUCUAGACUAACCAAUGCUCAAGGUCAAAAUCAAAUGUCUAAACGAAGUCAAAUAGAUUCCAAUAACUAUGGUAAUGAGAUGAACCAGAAUAAUGAAAUUCCACCAAGACGUAAUCCAAACCAUCAAAUCAGUACUGUUUUACAACCUAAUAUGUUAAAAAGAAAAUUGAUGGAUAAAGAUUUUAAUGCUAAACAGUUUGUCCAUAAUUAUUUAAAUGAUGCUUCCGCCAUGGAAAUUGAUAAAUUCACUUCAAAUUUAUCGGAUAUAUCCAUGGAUGUUCAAACCGAAAUUAAGAUGAAUUUAUCUAGAUCUUAUAAAGAAAUCAUGACUGUUAAUAAUGCUCUAAAUUUAGCUUCAAAAGAAUUAUCCAACUUAAGAUCAAAUAUAGACGAUUUGAAAAAAGUAAUUAAAGAAUUUAAAUUGAUGGCCGAGAAAAGAUUGGAAUUCCAGGCUCAAUUGGAAUAUCUAAAUGGUCAUUCUCAAUCAUCAGGCCUUUUGCCUGCAGCAUCAAUUGAUGAUUCAAAUUCACCAACCCCACAAAGAGAAAAUACUUCUUUAUUAAUCUUAAAAGAAUUGUGGAAUGAUGAAUUGAACGAGAUGUUCAAAAAAAUUGAAGGUUCUCAAAAAUUAAUUAAUUCUAUACCAUUUCAAACAGAAUCCACAGAUCAUAAAAAUAACAACUCUAAUACAUCAUCAUCAAAUUUACAAAUUAAUAAAAAGGCAUCAUCACCCACUCCCCCUAUUUUAUCAUCGAAUAAAAUUCCCAAAAAUUUGCGUCAUAUUCUUUUACAAAGUAAUGAUUGGACUGAGUUAAAUACUACCACUUUAAAGCCAUUAAAACAAAGCUCUAUUAUUAUUUUAAAUGAUUGUUUACUGAUUGCUUCCAAAACAAAGGAUACUAAAAUUAUUAGAGACUCAUCAAUAACAAAUUCUUCAACCAACCAAUAUGAAUUAAUUGCAGAUCAUUGUUAUCAUCUACGUAAUGUUAAGGCUCAAUUAUAUCAUAUCUCUGCAAACUCAACAACAACAACUCAUAUUCUAUUUACAUUCUCAUCAACAUCAUCUAGCACAACAAUUUCAUCAGCAUCUAACAAUAAUGGUAGCAGUAGUGGUGUUAAUUCUAGUGCUGGAUCUCAACCUCAUUCAACACUAAUUGCAAGCACAAUACAAGUAUUAUAUGAAUCUCGUGAUUCCAAGCAAUGUUUGCAUUUAUUAGAGAUCAUUAGAAACGCCAAAGAUGAUUUACGUGAGAUUUAUAAUCUUGAAAAUGAAAAGAAUAAGAAAAUACAAAAAUCAUUUAAUUUCUUGAAAAAUUCUUCAAGACAACAACAACAACAAACUCCGCUAAGAUCUAUGAAUCGUAAUAGUUUCCACUCUCCUCUGGUAACGUCUAAUAGUAAUGAAAAUGGUGGUGUAUCGAUGAAUACAGGUAAUUUCUUAUUAAAUUUGAACGAAUCUCAUCAUGAUAGCAAUGGCGUAAAUUCUAAUAACGCAACCACUUUAAAUGCUAUUGCGACAACUAACGACAUAACAAAUCAAUUUUUCCUACAAUCAAUAACAUUAUCUACAAAUCAAUCAUAUUAUAAUAAUAAUUCUUCAUCAUUAUAUUCCAAUUUGGCUAAAAUCAAUGAAAAAAUUGAAGAAUUUGAUUUGAAUUUCACAAGAUUAAAAUAUUUUAUUGCUGUGGAAAAUUUAUUGCAUAUUGAAGAGACUUUGAUUGAAUUAACAAACUAUGUAAAUUCAAAAAAUAUCAAGGUAACUGAUAAUGAUUUAAUUUUACAGAAUUUAGUCAAAUUGAAAAUUGAUCAAAGACAUAACGCGAUAUCUAAUAAGCUGUCUCAAUUAAUAACUAACACAAAUGACAUGGAUCUAUUAAAAAGUUACGUUGUAUCUAUGAUUAAUCUAAACUUGAAGGAAAAUGCUCUUGAUCUAUUUCUCCAGAAUAGAUCUAAUAUGAUACAGGAGUUAAUCCUACAAAUUGGGUCAUUCGAUAAUCCGAUUAACUACUUGAUUCAAAUCGCAAUUAUCCGUUUCCAAACUUUAAAGAAAGCCAUAUUAUUCUAUCAAGAAAUAUUCAACACUAGCGAUCUAAAAUCCAAAUUUUCUUCGAUCUUAGUCAAUUGGUGCAGUAAUGAGAUCGACUUACAUUUUCAGUUAAUUGAAAAACAAUUUCUCAACGAAAUCAUGUUAUCACCAAGCUCCAUCAAACAAUCUAGAAAACAGAUUGAUGACUUGAAAACUGUUGGUCUUGAUUUCGUUUAUAAACUAGAUGAAUUUAUUUCAAAGAAUUCAGAGAUUACUGCUGCUUAA